AUGACUGUAAUGUUUUUGACUGACAGGCUCUGCAGAAGACUUACCAGAAGGGAGAAAGAGAGUGCUUUGGAAGCUCAGUACCAAGCCAUGGAGAGAGCUGCUACCUUUGAGCACGACAGGGACAAAGUGAAAUGGCAGUGUAAGGUUAAGAUCAUGUGCCUCCCCCUCCUUGUCCAUGUGUUUAUUUGGAUCCCCUAUAGCACAUUACUCCCAUGCUAAUGCACAAUAGAGCACAUAAGAGAUAAUAUUCAGCAUUGUAAUACCCUAGUAUGGCAUUCCAUCUGGGAUUUGCACCCGCAAACUUCAAAUCUCAAAACUGUUACGGUUCAUCUUUAUGAAGCUUAUCCUACUUUAUCCUACUUCCUCCGCACAUGUUUAAAUAAGUACUGUACUUACAGUACUGUGUAUCCACAUAUAACACAUUUUCACAUACAGUACUUUUUACCUGCAUGCUUUCUAUGCUCAUUUGUACUUGGAUUGUGUUUUCUUUCUAUAUUCUUAUUGAAUACUUUCGAUAGCUGUUGCACUGUUAGCACGGAGAGCAUUUCAUUGUACUGUCUAGGCGACACUACGCUGUAUCCUGUGUAUUAAAAUAAACUGUGAUUUGAUGUAAAUGUCAGAUCUUCCGGGAGACCAAAGAAAAGGAGAUCCAGGAACUGGCUAUAGCAGCUACAGGCUCAUGGCAUCAUGGUGUACAACCCGGACGACUUGGAUGACGAUGACAACCAUACCACCAUCACAGGGAAAGGACAAAACCGACUGUGGCGACAAAUGGUUAAAAUCAGCGGGUGUCAUUUUCUGUUAAUUUCCAGAGAAUUCUACGUGUUGAUACACCACCGUUCAUCGACAUGCAGCAGGUCAUCUAAUGCGCACAGCCGACGUUCGUUAUGGUGUGUAUUGUCCUAGAAGACCAACCAAUCAUACCAAACCUGCAGAGCCACAUAGGAAUGAAUAUGGCAAUUCCCGUAUCCCGUAUUUCAAUGGAGUUAAAUUGGGAAACGAAUAUUGCAAUUGAAGUUAUAAAAAAAGCCUGAAUUGACAUAAUUUACCCUAAUUGCUGAACAGUUUACUUAAAACUUGUCAAAGUGUCAACCAAGUAACACUUUAACAAUCAUCUAAUUUCCUCUGACGUAAAUUACUCAAAAAGCUGACGCAGUUGUCUGUAUUUUGCCUGUCUCAAGCUGCAGGGACUCAGUGUGACUACUGGGGUGGUGGAGUAUUAGGGAGUGAGCCCUCUAUGGGCAACAUGAUGCAACUGCAGCAGCCCUUCAGAGAACCAGAGUUUGCCCACAGCUUGUGCGAUGUUGAGGGCUGGUUUGCCAACGUCAGCAGAGGUAAGCAUGGGUUUGGAUCUUUACACGUGUAUGUAUUUGAGCCUUGGUGUCUCAGUUGGUUGUGAAUCUAUAUGUGCUGUAUGUGUUUUAUGUAUAUGAACAUGUGUGCUGUCUUUAGAAGAUGAGAGCUAUUGUUUAGGCCACGCCACACACACCUGUUACAGAAUCAUAGAGACAAUGGCGUCAUGUACUUGAACACAAGGACAGCGAGCGCUAACCCACACCAUAGCCCUUGUUGAAAAGUAUUUGGUAGAGGGUGUUUGUGUGUCCGUCCGUGUGUGUGUGUGUGUGUGUGUGCGUUCGUCCGUCUGUCUAUGUGUGUUUAUGUAUGUGUGUGUCCGUCUGUGUGUGUGUGUGUGCGUGUGUGUUUGUGUGUGUGUAUAAUGUAUGUGUGUGUGUGUGUGUGUUUCAGAUGACUGUGGCCAGUCGGCUGCAUGUGUUUCCUCACGUGUCCCAGGCGUUAUGGAGCAACACGGUGCACUCCUACCUGAUCUCUACACAGGAGACACAGGCUGAACUGGAUAUCUUCACCCAGGUACUGUACACCAGAGAUGGAACUUAAAGGGAUAGUUCGCUCAAAUUCAUUUGGGUGACCUAUCUCUUUAAGGAUAUGGGGCACUGGCCAGCCUGCUUGGAAUUCUACUAACGAAGGGUCCAAAAUCUGUGCCAUCAUGCGAUAUUUCUACCUGAACAUCUGUUUCCCUGAGGAGGGCGCAGCCUCCUAUGCACUGGAAUGCCGACAGGAGAUUGAGAGGAUCUCUGUGUCUGUGCUCCUCCUCAAAUCCUCCAUCACUAGGUCACUGUCUCUCACUCACAUACACCUGAAAUCAUGAACACAGACAGUGGAUGCUUCCCAAAUGGCACCCUAUUCCUGUAUAGUGCACUUAUUUGGACCAGAAACCUAUGGGCCCUGGUCAAAAGUAGUGCACUAUAUAGGGAAUAGUGUGCCAUUUGGGUCGCAGGCAGAGCAACCUCUGUGUUUUUUUCUGUGGCUCCUUCUCUUCUUCACUACCACGUGGUGGUAUUAAGUAUGCCCCUGCCUCUGUCGCCAGUGAAGUGCUGCUGUUAUAGGUUAUAGUGUGUUACUCAGUGUGCCAUACUGUGUGUGUGUGUGUGUGUGUAGUUGUGAGGUAGAUGAUGCGGAGGAGGCCUUUAUGAAGAACCCAGAUGGUCGUCCCCUGGUGCUUUACCUCAGGACCGUGGAGGCACCCUCUCAGCGGCCCCACCAGACAACCGCUGGAGAAGGUCAAUGCUGCAGACAAGGCUGCCAAAGUCAAGGUAGCCAAUGCGAGGAGGAUUCGGGGGGCGUGCUGUGGGACCUGCAUGAUGAGCAGGCGCAAAUCGAGGCCUAUCAGCAAGCCUGUAGCUCUCAGUAGCUCUCAACUGGGCUUCCAGUUGAAAGUUCUCGCUCUCUCAGUCUCUACCUCUCUCCGUCAUGCUCAGCAGGAAGGUAUUUUAUUCAUAUGAUUGUGUGAUUAAAGGGUUAUUUUAUUUAGCAUCAUCAUCACAGUGCUCUAUUUUGAAAACUCCACUGUUGACAGCCACCAUUUUGGGGAUUGUAUUACCAGUAUACAAACAAAAUACAACAAUAUAUGUUUUUGAGUAAAAUAUAACUUUAAAUAUCGAAUCCACAUUUUGUAUUGUUGAUGAAAUGGAGGAGAGGAGUAUCCGGCAGCGUGGUAAAAAAAAAAUGGUAGUACAUAUUCUGGAUGUUUUGUCACGCGUGCAAUGAAAAAACAGUGUUUGUUGUUUGCAGUAACUUCUUUGUUGUUGUAAUAUCCCAAACGGACAUGGCAGUUUCACCAAUUAAGGAUACUAGCUUUAAAGUGAAAUAUUCAAAAUGAUGACUCUCAGUACUAUAGUGUAAUAGUGUAACUUUAGUAAUAACUCUUGCAUGUGUGGGUGAUGUCAUGCUCUGUCCUCAGUACAUAGAUUGUCUGAAUGACAUGGUGGCAGCCGCUCCUCCCACCCCUCCACUGCCGCGAAAGUCUCCUGCUGUCCCAAUGGUGAGAAUUCAUUAACAUUAGACGACAUAAUCUUUUAUAAUAAAUGCAGUUCUCAAAGAUUUCUGUAUGUUUAGCUCUAUAGACUUUACAGUUGAUAAUCAUUAUGAAAGGGAAUUCUUCCCCAUCCAGGAUUGAGCUGCAGCAGAAGCACUCCCCCAACCCUUUGUUCCUAUACCAUUUUGUGGUUCCUAUACCAUUUUGUGGGAGGGCCUCUUUCUACCAGCUCUGAGCCUGUACUCAUCAUCAAACAAAUCACUGUCACGCUGCUGGAGCAUUUCCGGUCCAUCUCUGGGUUGUCCAUGGAUCCCUCCAAGAUCCUAGAGGAGUUCCCUCGCUGGCUAGAGAGACUGUCUGCCAGACACCAAGGCAACAUCAUAAUUGACUCCAUUGACCAGAUACAGGUACUAAACUACUAUCACAGUAGUAUAUCAGAGAUACGAACAUGUCAGGAAUGGAGUUCAUUCGGAACACUGAAAUUCACAUCAAAAAACGCAUCAACCCUUUAUAGAAUUAUUGAUGGCAUAUUUACAUGGGUUUUCUAAUAAUGUAUCCAGAUACUAUAAAUAUCGAAUGUGUUUUUAGCACAUGUAAGCAACAUUUACGUUUGUCUGUAGCCACAGAAGUUGUCCAUACAAUAUGUCCCCAAGUAGCUACAUGUACCGGUUUUAUAUUAUCAGUUGACAGGUCCGUUUGUUACUAUGAGGUUUGUAUCUUUGAGGUUCUAUUGUAUUUUCUCCCAGCAAGCAGAGAGGCACAUGAAGUGGCUGAUCGACCUCUUGCCGGUCAACGUCAAAGUGCUGGUGUCUGUCAACGUGGAGACCUGUCCUCAGGCCUGGAGGUAGGGUACACAACCUGUCAGUUAGUCCAUACAAAAGACCCCAGAUCAGUACUAUGCCAACAUAUGUUAUGCCUUUGUAUUGCUUUUGUAGUGCCUAUGUAAUGCCUGGAAGGGUACACCUAUGUAGAGUACACCUAUGUAAUAUGUAUCUACAGUAUGUAUUUUGGGCCUAUGUAGUGCCUAUGUAAUGUCUAUGUAUUGUGCCCUAUGUAGUGAUUGUGUGAUAUGACUGUUGUUCUCCAGACUCCACCUGGACCAUCUGAACCCCAGAGAGGUGAAGAGUGUCAUCAACACAGAGUGCCUGGCAGCCAACGUCAAACUUUAUAGCAUUCCCAGAAAGCAUGGAUUAUUGAGUCAUUGUUAGUUUUACACUUAAGACAUGACUCUGCCGUUGCGCUGUAGAAUUUGGGAAUUUUGUCUCUUGUAUAAUACAUUCUACACAUUAAGCAUACAUUUUCAUUAACAUUAGUUACGCUCCAACAUUCCCUCCAUCUUGUGCUAACAUCAGUUAUUUUUAAGUCUUGGUUCCAAUAGUUGAUAUAUAUUUUUUUGCUCUCUGCAAGGUUUUGUAUAUCUUCCCUAUCAUAUGAACAUCCUUUUCUGACUCAAAUAUGAUUACCUCAAGGUUGCUCUGAUGUCCAAAAUAUUUCAAAUCGAAAUGUCAUGAUAUAUAACUUUUAAGUUGCAUGUAUUUGAAAAUAUCUACAUUGGUCAGUCCAAAAUUGCUUUUUAAUUCUGUCAUGGAAAUAAAUGUAUUUCCUGUUACCAAGUCAUUUACGGUUUCUGUGCCUUUAGUUUUCCAUGUGGACAAAUGUAUCUGUGAAGUCUGAAAAGCUAUCCAGGAUUGUUCCAUAGGGUUGUGUUUUUAGGGCGUGAUAUUGGUUCUUGUAGAAUACGUUUAAUUUUCUUCCAUAUUGUUAUAGUGUUUUUACGGUAUGAGUGAGUCGGAGGUGCUGGAGGUGUUUCCAGACCUGGGCCUGCCUGUCCUCUCCUCCCUUCUCUGUAUCAUAGGCCUGGGCUGUGGGCUCAUCAGGUUCCAGCACCUACAGGUUAGCAUGUUUGUGUCCUGCGUGUGUGAGCAAUAGGCUCUCAAACUCUGAAACUAAAUGAAACAAUGUGAAAUGUAAGUGAGAGGCUGGAUAAGGCGGCAGGUAGUCUAGCAGUUAAGAAUGUUGGGGCAGUAACCGAAAGGUCACUGGUUUGAAUCCCUGAGCCGACUAGGUGAAAAAUCGGUUGAUGUGCCCUUGUGCAAGGCACUUAAUCCUAAUUGCUCCUGUAAAUGUAAUUAUGGCUUUCUGUUAACACUGUCUGUGUGCUUUAGGCUUGGGAAGCUCAUCCACUGCUUCAGUCAGCAACUCAUGUCUGGCCAACCGCUAGUAACAUGAACAACAUAAAUGUAUGUUAUCGCAUUAGUUACAUGACUUAACCUUCGACGACACACUGAGUGUUGGUGUGUGUUUGUGUAUGUGUGUGUGUUCAGUCAGGACAGGGUGAUGUGGCUACACCAACAGCAGGAGGACAGGGUCAAGCUGCAGCUCAGCCUCCUUAACCUGUUUGUCUCCCAGAACCUCUACAAGAGGUCCGACUUCUUCUAUCUGACUGUUUGCCUAUGUUUUUUGGUGUUGUCUGUCUAAGGGGUAGUAUAUUCUCCUAUGUUUUUUGGUGUUGUCUGUCUAAGGGGUAGUAUAUUCUCCUAUGUUUUUUGGUGUUGUCUGUCUAAGUGGUAGUAUAUUCUCCUAUGUUUUUUGGUGUUGUCUGUCUAAGGGGUAGUAUAUUCUCCUAUGUUUUUUGGUGUUGUCUGUCUAAGUGGUAGUAUAUUCUCCUAUGUUUUUUGGUGUUGUCUGUCUAAGGGGUAGUAUAUUCUCCUAUGUUUUUUGGUGUUGUCUGUCUAAGUGGUAGUAUAUUCUCCUAUGUUUUUUGGUGUUGUCUGUCUAAGGGGUAGUAUAUUCUCCUAUGUUUUUUGGUGUUGUCUGUCUAAGUGGUAGUAUAUUCUCCUAUGUUUUUUGGUGUUGUCUGUCUAAGUGGUAGUAUAUUCUCCUAUGUUUUUUGGUGUUGUCUGUCUAAGGGGUAGUAUAUUCUCCUAUGUUUUUUGGUGUUGUCUGUCUAAGUGGUAGUAUAUUUUUCUAUGUUUUUUGGUGUUGUCUGUCUAAGUGGUAGUAUAUUCUCCUAUGUUUUUUGGUGUUGUCUGUCUAAGUGGUAGUAUAUUCUUGUCACACCCUGAUCUGUUUCACCUGUCUUUGUGCUUCUCUCCACCCUCCACCUGGUGUCUCCCAUCUUCCCCCAUUAUCCCCUGUGUAUUUAUACCUGCGUUUUCUGUCUGUUGCCAGUUCGUCUUGUCUCGUCAAGCCCAGUUUCUCUGGUCUCUAGUCCUCCCAGUUCCGACCAUUUCUGCCUGCCCUGAGCCUGAGCCCGCCUGCCAUACCAUUCUGCCUGCCCUGACCCCGAGCUUGCCUGCCGCCCUGUACCUGUCGGACUCGGACCUGGUUAUGAACCUCUGCCUGUCCUCGACCUGCCCUUUGCCUGCCUCCUUUAAUAAAUCUUCUGUCUUCUGUGUCUGCAUCUGGGUCAUAUCCUAAGUCGUGUUAGUACGAACUGGCCAUGACUGACCCAGCAGACUCGGACCAGCUCCACAACGCUGUCUACUCCCAAGGAGCCACCACAAGGAGUUAUGGACCUUAUGGAAUGACUCCAGAACUUGGCAGAACGCCACGACCGCGCUUUCAAUGUAUUGCUGGAGCAAUUCCGCUGAUAUUCUACUAGGCAGCAAGCCUCUACGGUAACCCCACAGACACCCAGUAACCCCGCUACCAGCGGCGCUUCUCCCCAGCCUAUCCCGGCUUCCCGAGAACCCUGCUUACCUCCUCCAGAGCGCUACGCUGGAGAUCUAGGAACCUGCCAAGCGUUUCUCUUGCAGUGCUCCCUCAUCUUCGAGCUGCAACCCUCUUCGUUUCCCUCGGAUCGCUCGAAGAUAGCGUAUCUUAUAACGCUGAUGUCCGGGAGGGCUCUCGCCUGGGCGAUAGCGGUGUGGGAGCAACAAUCCACCGUUUGCCUCAGUCUGGAGGAGUUUGUGGCGGAGGUUAGGAAGGUGUUAGGUUCUCCAUUGUCCGAGAGUGAGGCUGCUCGGAAGCUACUCCAACUGCGUCAACUCCUGUAGUGUGGCAGACUACGCGGUAGAUUUUAGCACGUUGGCCGCUGAGAGUGCCUAGAAACCGGAAUCUCUUUUCGACACGUUCCUUCAUGGAUUAUCGGAGGAGGUUAAAGACGAGCUUACAGCCCGGGAGCUUCCCAUGGUCCUCAACUCCCUCAUCGCCUUGACCUUAUGGAUCGAUGGGCGGCUACGGGAACGUGGGAGGGAGAGGUGGUCUGACUCAAAUGAUGUCAAUUAUCCUAUCAGAAGCUUCUAAAGCCAUGACAUCAUUUUCUGGAAUUUUCCAAGCUGUUUAAAGGCACAGUCAACUUAGUGUAUGUAAACUUCUGACCCACUGGAAUUGUGAUACAGUGAAUUAUAAAUGAACUAAUCUGUCUGUAAACAAUUGUUGGAAAAAUUACUUGGGUCAUGCACAAAGUAGAUGUCUUAACCGACUUGCCAAAACGAUAGUUUGCUAACAAGACAUUUGUGGAGUGGUUGAAAAACGAGUUUAAUGACUCCAACCUAAGUGUAUGUACAUUUCCGACUUCAACUGUAUACAGUCGUGGUCAAAAGUUUUGAGAAUGACACAAAUACUAAUUUUCACAACCUCUGCUGCCUCAGUUUUGAUUAUGGCAAUUUGCAUAUAGUCCAGAAUGUCAUGAAGAGUGAUCAGAUGAAUUGCAAUUAAUUGCAAAGUCCCUCUUUGCCAUGAAAAUGAACUUAAUCCCCCAAAAAACAUUUCCACUGCAUUUCAACCCUGCCACAAAAGGACCAGCUGCCAUGUCAGUGAUUCUCUUGUUAACACAGGUGAGAGUGUUGACGAAGACAAGGCUGGAGAUCACUCUGUCAUGCUGAUUGAGUUAGAAUAAGAGACUGGAAGCUUUAAAAGGAGGGUGGUGCUUGAAAUCAUUGUUCUUCCUCUGUUAACCAUGGUUACCUGCAAGGAAACACGUGCCGUCAUCAUUGCUUUGCACAAAAAGGGCUUCACAGGCAAGGAUAUUGCUGCUAGUAAGAUUGCACCUAAAUCAACCAUUUAUCGGAUCAUCAAGAACUUCAAGGAGAGAGGUUCAAUUGUUGUGAAGAAUGCGUCAGGGCGCCCAAGAAUGUCCAGCAAGCGCCAGGACCGUCUCUUAAAGUUGAUUCAGCUGUGGGAUCAGGGCACCACCAGUGCAGAGCUUGCUCAGGAAUGGCAGCAGGCAGGUGUGAGUGCAUCUGCACGCACAGUGAGACAAAGACUUUUGGAGGAUGGCCUGGUGUCAAGAAGGGCAGCAAAGAAGCCACUUUUCUGCAGGAAAAACAUCAGGGACAGACUGAUAUUCUGCAAAAGGUACAGGGAUUGGACUGCUGAGGACUGGGGUAAAGUCAUUUUCUCUGAUGAAUCCCCUUUCCGAUUGUUUGGGGCAUCCGGAAAACACCUUGUCCGGAGAAGACAAGGUGAGCGCUACUAUGAGUCCUGCGUCAUGCCAACAGUAAAGCAUCCUGAGACCAUUCAUGUGUGGGGUUGCUUCUCAGCCAAGGGAGUGGGCUCACUCACAAUUUUACCAAAGAACACAGCCAUGAAUAAAGAAUGGUACCAACACAUACUCCGAGAGCAACUUCUCCCAACCAUCCAAGAACAGUUUGGUGACGACCAAUGCCUUUUCCAGCAUGAUGGAGCACCUUGCCAUAAGGCAAAAGUGUUAACUAAGUGGCUUGGGGAACAAAACAUCGAAAUGAUGGGUCCAUGGCCAGGAAACUCCCCAGACCUUAAUCCCAUUGAGAACUUGUGGUCGAUCCUCAAGAGGCGGGUGGACAAACAAAAACCCACAAAUUCUGACAAACUCCAAGCAUUGAUUAUGCAAGAAUGGGCUGCCAUCAGUCAGGAUGUGUUCCAGAAGUUAAUUGACAGCAUGCCAGGGCCGAUUGCAGAGGUCUUGAAAAAGAAGGGUCAACACUGCAAAUAUUGACUAUUUGCAUAAACUAAAUGUAAUUGUCAAUAAAAGCCUUUGAUACUUAUGGAAUGCUUGUAAUUAUACUUAUACACUAUACCAUAGUAACAUCUGACAAAAAUAUCUCAUAACACUGAAGCAGCGAACUUUGUGAAGACCAAUACUUGUGUCAUUCUCAAACAUUUUGACCACGAAUGUAUAUAUAUUUGCGAGAACGAAAACAUAUGGGGGAUUGGAAGUGAUGCAGACAUUUACAUUAAUGGAAGUUACAAUCUAUCUGCAAUAUUAAAGCUGAUCUACCCCCCCCCCCCCCCCCCCCCCCCCCCAAAAAAAAAAAAAAAACACAAAGUAUAUAUAAAAUAAACAAUUAAGGACCCUCUCGCUGCAGGGAGUAUUCGUCCAUCUGCCUCCCAAGCCGGCGCAGGGUCCUUCUUAUUGGAGAAGAACGACAAAACCGUAGGCAGUGUAUCGACUACCGGGGCCUUAAUGACAUCACGGUUAAAAAACGUUACCCUCUACCACUCAUCUCCUCGGCUUUCGAACCUCUUCAGAGAGCGACCUUCUCAAAGUUGGACCUUCGAAACGCCUACCAUAUGGUUCGGAUAUGGUUCGGAUACAAGUGGAAGACAGCCUUUAACACGGCUAGCGGGCAUUAUGAGUACUUGGUUAUGCCAUUCGCUGUGUUCCAGGCCCUGGUCAACGAUGUGCUCCAGGACAUGCUGAACCGGUGCAUGUUUGUCUACCUCGAUGACAUCCUUGUGUUUUCCCGUUCAGCUCAAGAGCACAUCAUCCAAGUCCGACAGGUCCUUCAGCGUCUCCUGGAGAACCAGCUUUUCGUCAAAGCGGAGAAGUGUGAAUUCCAUCGCUCCACCAUCUCCUUCCUAGGAUACGUCAUCGCUGCAGGACACAUACAGAUGAAUCCAGACAAGGUGAGAGUGGUGGUGGAUCAGCCUCAACCCACAUCCCGAGUGCAGCAGCAACGUUUCCUGGGAUUUGCUAACUUCGACCACCGCUUCAUCUGGGGUUACAGCACCCUGGCUUCCCCCUCUCAGCACUCACCUCUCCCAAGGUUCCAUUCACGUGGUCUCCAGCAGCUGACCAGGCGUUCUCGGACCUCAAACAUCGAUUCACUACAGCCCCAAUCUUAAUCCAUCCGGACCCAUCCCGUCAGUUUGUGGUGGAGGUCGGUGCCUUUGAUGUCGGAGUGGGGGCCGUCCUGUCCCAACGUUCUGCCCCGGACCAAAAGCUGCACCCCUGCGUUUUCCUCUCCCAUCGUCUUACCCCUGCUGAGAGGAACUAUGUUGUGGGAAAUCGAGAACUCCUCGGCGUCAAGAUGGUGUUGGAGGAGUGGAGGCAUGUCCCGGAGCCUCACCACCGAGAGGUCCAAGGUUGCCAAGGUUAUUUCCCUGUUGACCGGGUGGGCAUUGGAAUGGGCUACGGCCGUCUGGGAGAAAGGAGAGGAGGAGCUGGGUUCCUAUGGGAGGUUCAUGGCUCUGUUCAGAGGAGUCUUCGAUCAUCCACCAGAGGGCAGAAAGGAGGGUGAUCGCCUACUCCAACUACGGCAGGAGGACCAGACCGCUGCGGAGUACGCCCUCACCUUUCGUACAGUGGCAGCAUCCAGCGGAUGGAAUGAGCCGGCGCUCCGCACCUUAUUCAGAGGAGGAUUGCUUGAGGAGGUCCAGACGGAGCUGGCAUGCCGAGAUGACACCCUCUCAUUGGACGCACUCAUCGUGAUGGCUAUCCGUCUGGAUAACCUCCUUCGGCAGCGUCGGCACUCCCAUCGCCUCUCUCCCUCCUUCGUUGACCGAUCUGAAUCAGAGCCUGAACCCAUGGAGGUAGGAGCCAGACCGAAGCCCCUGUGGUGGAUGAGUGGUUCAGGCUCUCCGCCCACGUGAGGUUAGGGAUGUCGCCCACGUGAGGCUCCAAUGCGCCGUCCGGCGCCAGAAGGAGCAGGCGGACCUCCACCGCAGUGUGGCACCCGUUUUCCAUCCUGGUGAUUGCGUCUGGCUCUCCACCAGGAACCCCAUUGGGGGGGGGGGGGGGGGGGGGGGCGGUACUGUCACGUCCACUCCCGCUUCCUCUCUCCAGCGUUCGACGUCACCGGUCUACUAACCACCGGUCCUGGCAACCCAUCCUUGCGCAUAGCUGGCAACUUUCAUUAUGCACACUUGCGCCUCAUUAGGCACACCUGGACUUCAUCACCUCUCUGAUUACUUCCCCUUUAUAUAACACUCCAUUGUUAUCACCCACCAGGCAAUAUUGUUUAUGUUUCCAUGUUUAGAUGCUUUUAUUGUUUUGUAUCGUUCAAUGUUAUUUGUCAUUAAACUCACUAACUGCACUUGGUUCCUGACUCCCUGCGUCUACGUUACAAAAACACAGGGGUUGAUUGUUGACUUCAGGAAACAUAGGAGGGAACAUGCCCCGAUCCACAUCAACGGGACUGCAGUAGAGAGAGUUAGCAUUUUUAAGGUCAUCAGCGUCCACAUCACCGAGGACUUGACAUGGACCAACAACACCACCACUCUUGUCAAGUGGCUGCAACAGCACCUGUACUUCCCCGGGUCCUCUCCAAAUUCUACCGCUGCACCAUUGAGAGCUUCCUGACCGGUUGCAUCACGGCCUGGUAUGGAAUUGAUCCAUCCAAGACUGCCGGGUGUUGAAGAUGGCCCAGUACAUCACUGGGACCGUGCUUCCACCCAUCCAGGACGUCUACUCGAAACGGUGCCUGAGGAAACCAUGCAGCAUCAUCAAGGACCCCACACAGACCCAGCCAUGAGCUGUUCACUCCCUUACCGUCGGGCAGACGGUAUCGGAGCAUAAGGUCUGAUACUAACAGGCUCAGAGACAGUUUCUAUCUACAAGCCAUCAGACUGCUGAACACUUGAACUGGACUGACCACCUGCACUGACUCUCCACACCUUAGCACAUAAAGCACUCACACACACACCCACACAGAUAUACACUCAUCCACACACACACACACACACACACACACACACGCAGAUACACACAAAUAUACUCUCAUGCUACACACACAUCACAACUGCUGCUACAUGACUCUUUUUAUGAUUGCUAAAUACUGCACAUUUUAAACACUUUCCCCCAAAUCCCCCCUUCCCCGAAACACGUGUAAAUAUUCAACUAUAAAUUGUGCCUUCCUGUAUUAUACUUAUGCUAAAAUGUUAAUUAUGUUCUUCUGAGCCAUUUACUUUCCGUUCGUAUUCUUAUCUUUUAUUAUUUAUUAUUGUUGUUGCAAUGUCGAGAAGGAACCUGCAAGUAAGCAUUUCGUUGGACGGUGUAUACCAUGUGUUUCCCGUACAUACGACUAAUAAAACUUGAAACGUGUUCCUAGGGGCAAUUUCUCGUAGUUGCUGGCAUACUAGCAGUAUGUGGGCAAAGACAAGAGCUCCAUGGCCACUGAGUAAUUUGACUCUCUGAAGCACUACGAGAAGAGCUGUGAGAGCGGGGACAGCAUUACCAGACUGGCCAACCUGUAUGAAACACUGGACCGCUUCCUCAAAGACAAAGUCAGGUACGUGCAAACGAAGUGGUUAGUAAAUUGCUGCUGGUCCACCCAGUACAGACCUAUUCUUUGUAGCUGUCCCAUUAUGGUAUCUGUGAGUGCAUGGGAAGCGCCAUUGAGGUCAUCUCCAUUUUGAAGUAGUUAAUUUUCUUCAACUACUUCUAACUACUUCAACUACUUCUACUGCCACCUGGAGUGUGUUAUUUGAACAGGUACAAAAUCAAGGUUGGCAAUUUACUGCCACCUGCAGUUAUGUAAUGUUUGCUCACAAAUAUUAUUAAUUGGCUGAUCCCUACUGAUGACCUGGAUGGAAUGUUGUGAUCCUUCCUUAACCCAUAUGAAGUCCCACGCAGUUAACUACUUCAAAAGGGUGAAUGUCCUCAAUGGCGCUACCUAUGCUAAAACCGUCUUCUGGGCACUACAGACUUCUAUCAUUCUCUAUGGUACAGACCGAUUGAUUUGAAUGACGAUUUCGUUCAUUCUAUUUAUAUGGGUAUUACUGCAGACAUACUGUAUAGGAGAUUAGGGGCAAUAUUACACCACUCAGUCAUACAGUGUAAUUCAUGUUUAUAUACACUGAGUGUACAAAACAUUAUGACCACCUGCUCUUUCCAUGACAUAGACUGACCAGCAAUGUUCCCUCUAAACUGUGCGCUUGCGCGCCACGCACCUCCUUCAGGACUGUGGCUCAGAAGAAAUGCCAGGCUGAGCAGAGAUGCAAGAGAUUGAACUUCACUGAGUUCUGCCCAUUAGUUUUCAGUAUAUAGAUCAGUGGCGGCUCCUGAAAAAAUUCUCAGGGGGGGCAAUUUUUCUGAUGAUUUAGGUGACCUACACACAUUUUUAAAAAGAUAUGUCCAGCAACAACAUGAAGACAGGGGCAGCAUAUAAGUCAAUACCAGAAGCAUUUAUUGACUGAUCUCAAAAGUGUUGGCUUACAAAAGCAAAAUAAGUUAUCACAGUAAAAAUAAUCAAGGGUGUUCUUUCACAUUCCUCAACACUGCAUAAACAAUAUGCAUUUCCAUAAAACACCUCAUCUAAUUGUGCCACAAAGUUGACAAGUCCAAGAAAAAUACCACGGUUAGUGGAGCCCUCAGUUUCAUCUUUGCCUCGCAAAGAUAACUCAAACACUCAAAAACUUCACACACUGGAUUAGCCGGCUGAGGAUGUGGCGGUUCUUGCUAACCUCAUCGUUGUGGCGGCGGACAGCUAGCCUGUAUCCCUCAUCCAGUUGAGUGGCAAUGUUCACUCUCCCCAAAGCAGACAAUCUCAAACAGCUAUCCAUGUGGGUCUUUGACAGCUCAUGUUUCUUAAUCUUUUCUGAAAGAUGGUACAUGUCCGUUACACCAGUCGCUGUCCAAGCGGUGCUGUCUGCCGUGCCGCCUUCAGGGUGAAAGAGUAAGCAGGGGUAGCAGAAGACUGCAUUAGCUACAUCGCAGCCUGCUAGCCAGGUUUUUCGUUCGUACCAAUUUUUGGAAAAUCCUCGGGUGUAGGACUUUCCCCCUUUAGUAGAAACCUGUUGAAUUAUUAAAUUUGGUCUGGGAGGUCCUAAUUGUUUCGUUGCCAAUUUAUCUUGAUUUGUUCGCCGACAAAAAGGAACUUCUUUCAAAGAGACAAUCGAGUUGCACUGAACGCUAGCCAUCUUGACAGUAGUACGUGAAUUGAUUGACGCUGCUACCCGCUCUUUUCUUAGUUACGUUCAUGGUUAUGUUACGUAUGACGAAAGCGCGUAAGUGCAAGCCCUCCCGGAACCCAUAGAGAUUGUAUUGAAAGCUCUGAUAUUUGAAAAAAAAAGAUUUUACAUGAGAGUCUAUGAGAGACUUCUGGGGCGAUUUUCAACCUGACUGAAAUCGCCCCAAAAGGGGCGGGGCCAUUUGAAGCACGACUUUAGCCUGAUUGGACAUUUAGUGGCAGAUCAGACGUCUAGAUUAGAACACUGAUAACUACUGUUGCCGUGAUAUAAUUGAUUAGAAAAAAAAUCCCUUCCUUUUCCCGUUUGGCAGUGCGUCGCCCAUAUCGCCCUAAUGAACACACCGCCCCUAUAGAUCAACGUUUUUUCUUUGAUCGAAUUUACAUUAUAAAAUGGGGGGGUCGAGCCCUGAAUGCUGAGCUGAUUGGCUGACAGCCGUGGUAUACCACAGAUAUGACAAAACGUUUAUUUUUAAUGCUCUAAAUAUGUUGGAAACCAGUUUAUAAAAGCAAUAAGGCACCUCGGGGGUUUGUGAUAUAUGGCCAACAUACCACACCUCCUCGGGCCUUAUUGAUUAAUUAUAACAGCCAGUUUUCUAUGCAACAAACCAAAACAAAUUUAACUUUGCAAGAUUGAGUCUGUGAUUUUGUUGUAGGCAGAGCCAGAGCACAACGGAGUAUAUUUCUAUCGGCGGGGGUGGCACACGAGCGGUCUUUCAAUCAUCUGCGAGAGAAUGCUCUAUUUAAAAUCAGCACAGAUCAGAGCGCAGACCCGCGCGUGUGCACAUUUGUUGAUAUUCUUUGCUAGUUAGCGAGUUAUUAUCCCAGUUAUAGAUAAAUUAGGAUACGUCAGCAAUGGGGAGUUAAUGCUUCCUACAUUUCAAGGCUACAUUUCAAGCUGUCUUUGAAAAGCCAGUCAGGUAGCUUAUGUCUUAAUAAAAAGGGGCGGUGUUGUAUUUUGAGACAUGCUUGAAUAUGUAAAAAAGCCAAUAUGCAGAUUGAUAGCCUACAUUGUCUAAUUCUCUGUAUAGUAAUAAUAAUUCAUUGUAUUUUGUAAAGGGGUUUCUUGCAUGAUACAACACAAUAAAAUGCAAUUUACAGUCACCUAUUUGGCCAAUGGUGUUACAGACCAAGUAAAAAAUAAUUAAUGUCAAGCCCUUCAUAAUGUAAAAACGUUUUUUCAAGUAUCAUGCAAUUUAGGUCUGCAUUGAACACCACAUAUAGGCUAAUGUAGGCUGUAUCAUAAAAAUCAAAAGCUAUUUCCAUGUGAAAAUGUUAUGGGAUUUGUGCCAUUGUUUUUGUUGGUAGGCCUACAUUAUGCUCAAACAGCCACAAUAGCCUAUAGGCUACUGUCUAAAACUGGUACAGCCUCAGUACUGUAAACGCGUGCUGGAAGUUGAAAAAAUUCUCACAACGUUCAAGUUUCCGCUCACAAGACCUAAAAUAUGCUCAGCGCCCCAAAACAUUUGACCAGGUGAAUCCAGGUGAAAGCUAUGAUCCCUUAUUGAUGUCACUUGUUCAAUCCACUUCAAUCAGUGUAGAUGAUCAGGAGGAGACAGGUUACAAAAAUGAUUUUUAAGCCUUGAGACAAUUGAGACAUGGAUUGUGUAUGUGUGCCAUUCAGAGAGUGAAUGGGCAAGACAAAAUAUUUAAGUGCCUUUGAAUGGGGUAUGGUAGUAGGUGCCAGGCGCACCGGUUUGUGUCAAGAACUGCAACACUGCUGUUUUUUUUACGCUCAACAGUUUCCCGUGUGUAUCAAGAAUGGUUCACCACCACCCAAAGGACAUCUAGCCAACUUAACACAACCGUGGGAAGCAUUGGAGAACAUGGGCCAGCAUCCUUGUGGAAUGCUUUCGACACCUUGUAGAGUCCAUGCCCCAACGAAUUGAGGCUAUUCUGAGGGCAAAAGGGGGGACUCAAUAUUAGAAAGGUGUUCUUAAUGUUUUGUGUAUAUUGUCAUGCUGUCAAAUCAAAUCAAAUCAAAUCAAAUUUUAUUGGCCACAUGCGCCGAAUACAACAGGUGCAGACAUUACAGUGAAAUGCUUACUUACAGCCCUUAACCAACAGUGCAUUUAUUUUUAACAAAAAAGUUAAAAUAAAACCAACAAAAAAAGUGUUGAGAAAAAAAGAGCAGAAGUAAAAUAAAAUAACAGUAAGGAGGCUAUAUAUACAGGGGGGUACCGGUGCAGAGUCAAUGUGCGGGGGGGCACCGGCUAGUUGAGGUAGUUGAAGUAAUAUGUACAUGUGGGCAGAGUUAAAGUGACUAUGCAUAAAUAAUUAACAGAGUAGCAGCAGCGUAAAAGGAUGGGGUGGGGGGGCAGUGCAAAUAGUCCGGGUAGCCAUGAUUAGCUGUUCAGGAGUCUUAUGGCUUGGGGGUAGAAGCUGUUGAGAAGUCUUUUGGACCUAGACUUGGCACUCAGGUACCGCUUGCCGUGCGGUAGCAGAGAGAACAGUCUAUGACUAGGGUGGCUGGAGUCUUUGACAAUUUUGAGGGCUUUCCUCUGACACCGCCUGGUAUAGAGGUCCUGGAUGGCAGGAAGCUUGGCCCCAGUGAUGUACUGGGCCGUACGCACUACCCUCUGUAGUGCCUUGGGGGGAGGGAUGUAAAACGGCAGCCAUCUUCUCCGGCGCUGUUCUGUCCAAGUACUACAUGAUAAAUGUCUGUCUGUCUGUCUGUCUGCCCAUCCAUGUUUCUCCAGGCGGUAGCCCCCUUACAGAGGUCUCUGGAGAUCUGGGAGACGGCCCUGGACCCGGACCACCCCAGUGUGGCCCUGUCGCUGCACCAGCUGGCCGGGGUUUAUGUCCAGUGGAGGAAGUAUGGCAACACAGAGCAGUUCUGCAAGCAGGCCCUGGAGAUAAGUGAGAAGGCAUAUGGCUUGGACCACGUCUGUGUUGCACGGGAACUGGACUCCCUGGCCAUUCUCUACCAGAAACAGAACAAGUGUGUGUGUGUGUUUUUGGGGUCGUGUGUGUGUGUGUGUGUGUGUGUGGCAGGGUUUCCGCCAGGAAAAUUUGGCGCCAGACAAGUGACCGGAAUAUUUUGAUUUAUCUGACAUUUGAUAGAUUUACUGGUCAUCCAUAUGCAUUGAUUGCAUAACCCAUUAGGCCGUCCACCCACACAGCCAGUUCCAUCAAUAAACGAGGGAUAUUGGCCAAAUACGACACAUUUAUGUGUCCUUAAAAAGCAUCUAUAACUAAUUACAAAAACACUAUUCCUUGUGUUUCGAUGUGGAGCAUAUGCACAACUUUAUAGCCUUUAUUGGUUUUUACUUUCCUAAAACAAUAAUUUUCCACCUACAGGUUCAGCUGUCAGAGAUUUGAUCACUAAAUGCAUCAGGGCAUUGCAUAGGCCUUUAGGCUUAGGUGUCCACUGUAUAAUAUUAAUAUUUAAAAUAUAUAUAUAUAAAGGAAGAGAAGCUGGGCCUAGCUCUAGAGAGAGAGAGAUGUCUACUGCGUCUGCUAUACAGAUUGGCUAUAGGCGUACAGAAGGAUGCUAAUUCGUAAAUGUUCUAGUAGAAUAUAUUUUUUAAAGAUAAGCAUUAUAUUGUUAUAGUAUAGGAGUAACUCUGGCAGGCCUAAAACAUUCUUCCACACCUCUAGUUCAACUGCCGGAGACAUUUGUAGCGCCGGUGCGCACUGCCUUUAUACCAUAGGCCUGCAGUAUAAUAGGUUAACAGCCACACCACUCCAAACCUUCACAAAAGUUUCUAAACUUUAUUCGGGUAAUAUCAGAAGUAAGUGAAGCCAUUCUUUAUAGGGAAAAUACGAGCAGGAUAUUAUAUUUCGGCAAACACAACAUUACAGUUGGAACUUCAUUUGGCCAAAGGAAAUGGCUCAACAGAAUGAAAGAAAACACUUGCGAGCUGGCUUAAACCUUCAUAAACAUUUUUGAACAGGCUUUAUUGCAGAAAUUACCAAGAAAGGAUAAUGCCUACCGUACACCCAAUACAUGACAGCAAUAGGGUGAUGAUAUUUAUUUUACAACAGGCCUACUUAUAACCUAUCUUAAACUAAAUAAGGCGCACACAAUUAAAAAGACAGAUUUAACUUAAUUUAGCCAAAGAAAAUGUCUCAACAGAAUGAAACAAAACACGUUUUGCAUAUUUAAAGAACUGGUUUAGAUUAAUAAAUAGGCCUACAAUAACAACAAUGAUAUACAAUAAUAAUAAUGAUAAAACAAAUGUUUAUAAAUACAAUAAAUAAAUUAAGUUCCAAUAAAUUAAGUUCCAAAAUUCCAUCCUACUUUGAAUAGCGAGUUGCACAGUAGCCUGCAUUUGGCCUUGCGAAUAUUCUUCUCAUCUUUGUCCACUACAAUAUUAAAACUUGUCCAUAGAGAGGACAUUCCCCUUGUAGUAGGGCUCCAGACUAACAUUUUCCCCUAAGUUUUUCAAUUGGUGGCACCAGCCAUGAUUUGGUCGCCCCAAUUUCUUUAUUGCGGCAUCAAGCAAUAUAAAUAAUGAGUAGGCCUAUCAUCUUAUAACGUCAUUCACAGUGCUUUAUUAAAAGGUGUAAUAGACUACUGAGAUGGUAUUUGUCACGCCCUGACUCUGAGGACUCUUAUUUGUUGAGUCAGGGUGUGAUUUUCCUUGUUGUGUAUGUUCCUAUGUGUUAUUUUCCAGGUUUGGAUCUAGUAUGUAUAGAUAUAUGUUGGCCUGUGUGGUUCCCAAUCAGAGGCAGCUGUUGCUCGUUGUCUCUGGAUUGGGGGACCACUUACUUGGCACUAGUGGGUUGUGGGAUCUUGUUCCGUGUUGUGUUGUGUUGGGUUUGGCAAAUGCGUUGCGUGCGUUUGCGGUUGCAUUGCGAUGUGAUGUCACAUGUGGGCAAUGGUGGUCAUGGGAGGAGAUAUUCGUGAAAGGGAAAGGGCCAUGGGCGAAGGUAAAUGCCCAGGCAGGAGAGGAGAACGGCGCCAAACCAUGCCGACGACGGACACCCGAGAGGCAAUCCCAAAAAAAAUUUUGGGGGGGGCACACGGCGUGGACGACGAGGCAGCAGGAGGCAGCGACAGGGCGGAUCUGCAGGUUAGGAGAGGAAGCCACCAGGUUACGGGGGCUAUUGGUUCAGAAGGAGCAGGAGUUAUACAGUCAGAGGGAAGAGCUACAGGAGGCUAAAAGGGAGAAGGAAGGUGUAGAGGCACGGCGAGAGGAGCUGGUUAGGCAGCAGAAGGAGCGGGGGUUUAUAAAGGAACCCAGUCCUGCUCCUCGCACCAAGCAAGUGUUGCAUGUCGCCAGUCCGGUCCGGCCCGUUCCUGCUCCCCGCACUAAGCCAGUGGUGCGUGUUCCCAGUACGGCCCGACCCGUUCCUGCUCCCCGCACUAAGCCAGUGGUGUGUGUUCCCAGUAUGGUCCGGCCCGUUCCUGCUCCUCGCAUCAAGCCAGUGGUGCGCGUCGCCAGCCCGGUCCGGCCUGUUCCUGUCCCUCGCACCAAACCAGUGGUGCGCGUCGCCAGCCCGGCCCGGUCUGUUCCUGCCCCUCGCAACAAGUCAGUGGUGUGCGUCGCCAGCCCGGGCCCGGCCUGUUCCUGCCCCUCGCACCAAGCCGGUGGUGCGCUUCGCCAGCCCGGCCCGGCCUGUUCCUGCCCCUCGCACCAAACCAGUGGUGCGUGUCGCCAGCCCGGUCCGGCCUGUUCCUGUCCCUCGCACCAAACCAGUGUUGCGCGUCGCCAGCCCGGCCCGGCCUGGUUCCUGCCCCUCGCAAACAAGUCAGUGGUGUGCGUUCGCCAGCCCGGCCCGGCCUGUUCCUGCUCCUUGCACCAAGCCAGUGGUGCGCGUCGCCAGCCCGGUCCCGGCCCUCUUCCAUGCCCCUCGCACCAAACCAGUGGUGCGCGUCGCCAGCCCGGUCCGGCCUGUUCCUGCCCCUCGCACCAAGCCAGUGGUGCGGCGUCGCCAGCCCGGUCCGGCCUGUUCCUGCUCUCGCACCAAGCCCAGUGGUGCGCGUCGCCAUCCCGGCCCGGCCUGUUCCUGCCCCUCGCACCAAACCAGUGGGUGCGCGUCGCCAGCCCGGUCCGGCCUGUUCCUGUCCCUCGCACCAAGCCAGUGGUGCGCGUCGCCAUCCCGGUCCGGCCUGUUCCUGUCCCUCUCGCACCAAGCCAGUGGUGCGCGUCGCCAGCCCGGUCCGGCCUGGUCCGGUCAGCUGCUCCACUCCGGAGCCAGAGUAGUCCGCUCCACCGGUGCCUGAUCCUGCUCCGGUUAGCUGCUCCACUCUGGAGCCAGAGCAAUCUGCUCCAUCGGGGUCUAGUCCAGCUCCGGUCAGUGGAUCCACUCCGGAGCCAGAGCAGUCCGCUCCACCGGUGCCUGAUCCAGCUCCGGUCAGCGGCUCCACACCGGAGCCAGAGCAGUCCGCUCCACCGGUGCCUGAUCCAGCUCCGGUCAGCGGCUCCACUCCGGAGCCAGAGCAGUUCGCUCCACCGUCGUCGGGUCCAGCUCCAGUCAGCGGUUCCAGUCCAGACCCAGACGUCAGCCCCUCUCCAGGUUCGGGGUCUCCCACACCAGGGUCCAGACAUGGCUUGGUACUUCGUGGGAGAAAGGAGAGGGGAAGCAGCGCGCCGAGGUCCAGACCAGACCAGGGGCGCAACAGGGAGGUGGAGAGUAAGUGGUGGUCACGCCCUGAGCCGGAUACGCCUCCGAGGCGGAAUGCCCACCCGGCCCCUACCCUGUUAUGUUUAUGUUGUGCGGUAGGAGUCCGCACCUUUGGGGGGGGGGGUACUGUCACGCCCUGACUCUGAGGACUCUUAUUUGUUGAGUCAGGGUGUGAUUUUCCUUGUUGUGUAUGUUCCUAUGUGUUAUUUUCUAGGUUUGGAUCUAGUAUGUAUAGAUCUGUUGGCCUGUGUGGUUCCCAAUCAGAGGCAGCUGUUGCUCGUUGUCUCUGAUUGGGGACCAUACUUAGGUAGCCUAUUGGCACUAGUGGGUUGUGGGAUCUUGUUCCGUGUUAAGGUAUGUUGUGUUGUGCUGCCUUGGACUUCACGUAUCGUUUGUGUAUUGUUUUGUCGUUGUGUUUCUUCGUAAAUAAACAUGUAUGCAUAUCACGCUGCGCCUUGGUCCAUCCCGUCUAUAAACGAACGUGUUACUGCCCCUCGCACCAAGCCGGUGGUGCGCUUCGCCAGCCCGGCCCGGCCUGUUCCUGCCCCUCGCACCAAACCAGUGGUGCGCGUCGCCAGCCCGGUCCGGCCUGUUCCUGUCCCUCGCACCAAACCAGUGGUGCGCGUCGCCAGCCCGGCCCGGCCUGUUCCUGCCCCUCGCAACAAGUCAGUGGUGUGCGUCGCCAGCCCGGCCCGGCCUGUUCCUGCUCCUCGCACCAAGCCAGUGGUGCGCGUCACCAGCCCGGUCCGGCCUGUUCCUGUCCCUCGCACCAAACCAGUGGUGCGCGUCGCCAGCCCGGCCCGGCCUGUUCCUGCCCCUCGCAACAAGUCAGUGGUGUGCGUCGCCAGCCCGGCCCGGCCUGUUCCUGCUCCUCGCACCAAGCCAGUGGUGCGCGUCACCAGCCCGGUCCGGCCUGUUCCAUGCCCCUCGCACCAAACCAGUGGUGCGCGUCGCCAGCCCGGUCCGGCCUGUUCCUGUCCCUCGCACCAAGCCAGUGGUGCGCGUCGCCAGCCCGGUCCGGCCUGUUCCUGCUCUCGCACCAAGCCAGUGGUGCGCGUCGCCAGCCCGGCCCGGCCUGUUCCUGCCCCUCGCACCAAACCAGUGGUGCGCGUCGCCAGCCCGGUCCGGCCUGUUCCUGUCCCUCGCACCAAGCCAGUGGUGCGCGUCGCCAUCCCGGUCCGGCCUGUUCCUGCCCCUCGCACCAAGCCAGUGGUGCGCGUCGCCAGCCCGGUCCGGCCUGUUCCUGCUCUCGCACCAAGCCAGUGGUGCGCGUCGCCAGCCCGGCCCGGCCUGUUCCUGCCCCUCGCACCAAACCAGUGGUGCGCGUCGCCAGCCCGGUCCGGCCUGUUCCUGUCCCUCGCACCAAGCCAGUGGUGCGCGUCGCCAUCCCGGUCCGGCCUGUUCCUGUCCCUCGCACCAAGCCAGUGGUGCGCGUCGCCAGCCCGGUCCGGCCUGUUCCUGCUCCUCGAACCAAGCCAGUGGUGCGUGUGUCCAGUCCGGCACGGCCCGUGCCUGUCCCACCGGUGCCUGGUCCGGUCAGCUGCUCCACUCCGGAGCCAGAGUAGUCCGCUCCACCGGUGCCUGAUCCUGCUCCGGUUAGCUGCUCCACUCUGGAGCCAGAGCAAUCUGCUCCAUCGGGGUCUAGUCCAGCUCCGGUCAGUGGAUCCACUCCGGAGCCAGAGCAGUCCGCUCCACCGGUGCCUGAUCCAGCUCCGGUCAGCGGCUCCACACCGGAGCCAGAGCAGUCCGCUCCACCGGUGCCUGAUCCAGCUCCGGUCAGCGGCUCCACUCCGGAGCCAGAGCAGUUCGCUCCACCGUCGUCAGGUCCAGCUCCAGUCAGCGGUUCCAGUCCAGACCCAGACGUCAGCCCCUCUCCAGGUUCGGGGUCUCCCACACCAGGGUCCAGACAUGGCUUGGUACUUCGUGGGAGGAAGGAGAGGGGAAGCAGCGCGCCGAGGUCCAGACCAGACCAGGGGCCAACAGGGAGGUGGAGAGUAAGUGGUGGUCACGCCCUGAGCCGGAUCCGCCUCCGAGGCGGAAUGCCCACCCGGCCCCUACCCUGUUAUGUUUAUGUUGUGCGGUCGGAGUCCGCACCUUUGGGGGGGGGGUACUGUCACGCCCUGACUCUGAGGACUCUUAUUUGUUGAGUCAGGGUGUGAUUUUCCUUGUUGUGUAUGUUCCUAUGUGUUAUUUUCUAGGUUUGGAUCUAGUAUGUAUAGAUCUGUUGGCCUGUGUGGUUCCCAAUCAGAGGCAGCUGUUGCUCGUUGUCUCUGAUUGGGGACCAUACUUAGGUAGCCUAUUGGCACUAGUGGGUUGUGGGAUCUUGUUCCGUGUUAAGGUAUGUUGUGUUGUGCUGCCUUGGACUUCACGUAUCGUUUGUUUAUUGUUUUGUCGUUGUGUUUCUUCGUAAAUAAACAUGUAUGCAAAUCACGCUGCGCCUUGGUCCAUCCCGUCUAUAAACGAACGUGUUCCUGCCCCUCGCACCAAGCCGGUGGUGCGCUUCGCCAGCCCGGCCCGGCCUGUUCCUGCCCCUCGCACCAAACCAGUGGUGCGCGUCGCCAGCCCGAUCCGGCCUGUUCCUGCCCCUCGCACCAAGCCAGUGGUGCGCGUCGCCAGCCCGGUCCGGCCUGUUCCUGCUCUCGCACCAAGCCAGUGGUGCGCGUCGCCAGCCCGGCCCGGCCUGUUCCUGCCCCUCGCACCAAACCAGUGGUGCGCGUCGCCAGCCCGGUCCGGCCUGUUCCUGUCCCUCGCACCAAGCCAGUGGUGCGCGUCGCCAUCCCGGUCCGGCCUGUUCCUGUCCCUCGCACCAAGCCAAUGGUGCGCGUCGCCAGCCCGGUCCGGCCUGUUCCUGCUCCUCGAACCAAGCCAGUGGUGCGUGUGUCCAGUCCGGCACGGCCCGUGCCUGUCCCACCGGUGCCUGGUCCGGUCAGCUGCUCCACUCCGGAGCCAGAGUAGUCCGCUCCACCGGUGCCUGAUCCUGCUCCGGUUAGCUGCUCCACUCUGGAGCCAGAGCAAUCUGCUCCAUCGGGGUCUAGUCCAGCUCCGGUCAGUGGAUCCACUCCGGAGCCAGAGCAGUCCGCUCCACCGGUGCCUGAUCCAGCUCCGGUCAGCGGCUCCACACCGGAGCCAGAGCAGUCCGCUCCACCGGUGCCUGAUCCAGCUCCGGUCAGCGGCUCCACUCCGGAGCCAGAGCAGUUCGCUCCACCGUCGUCAGGUCCAGCUCCAGUCAGCGGUUCCAGUCCAGACCCAGACGUCAGCCCCUCUCCAGGUUCGGGGUCUCCCACACCAGGGUCCAGACAUGGCUUGGUACUUCGUGGGAGGAAGGAGAGGGGAAGCAGCGCGCCGAGGUCCAGACCAGACCAGGGGCGCAACAGGGAGGUGGAGAGUAAGUGGUGGUCACGCCCUGAGCCGGAUCCGCCUCCGAGGCGGAAUGCCCACCCGGCCCCUACCCUGUUAUGUUUAUGUUGUGCGGUCGGAGUCCGCACCUUUGGGGGGGGGGUACUGUCACGCCCUGACUCUGAGGAUUCUUAUUUGUUGAGUCAGGGUGUGAUUUUCCUUGUUGUGUAUGUUCCUAUGUGUUAUUUUCUAGGUUUGGAUCUAGUAUGUAUAGAUCUGUUGGCCUGUGUGGUUCCCAAUCAGAGGCAGCUGUUGCUCGUUGUCUCUGAUUGGGGACCAUACUUAGGUAGCCUAUUGGCACUAGUGGGUUGUGGGAUCUUGUUCCGUGUUAAGGUAUGUUGUGUUGUGCUGCCUUGGACUUCACGUAUCGUUUGUUUAUUGUUUUGUCGUUGUGUUUCUUCGUAAAUAAACAUGUAUGCAUAUCACGCUGCGCCUUGGUCCAUCCCGUCUAUAAACGAACGUGACAGUAUUGAAGAAAUACGUUAUUUCAACAUCUUUUCAUGUUGUGAUUUAAAAUAUGCUUAUGUGCAAAAUGUGCACCGUAAUCCAGUGAUUGUCAUGCACUUUGGGUAGACAAUUAUGCUAUUGUUAUAUUUUACUGUUAAACUAGGGCUCCUGAAUUUUCAGAUUUUUGUUGUUCAAUAGAGAUGAAUUUGCCUACAUCUUUAUGUGCACUAAUAUCAUAGGCACAUUUAUUUGGGGCUAAUUCACCACAUGAGGAAGUGAAAACUCAAAACACAUUAGCUAGAUCACUAACUCUAAAGAUAAUACCCAUUCAUAGUAGCCAUGUAUUAAUCUAAUAGUACAUUUAAUGUCUUCUUUUUUUUGCAGUAGCCUAGCACCCAAUUAGACCUAUGCACUCAAAGCCAUAGCAAAUAUCUUAUUUGUAAAAUAGUUGCUUUUGAGCUCAAAAUAGGGGUUGAACAAUUAAAAAUAUAUCUACAGAAAUCUGAGAACAUCCUCUCUCCAUGUAUCUAACAGGAUAGCUGUGUUUUCCCAGCAAUUGGAUUUUCAAAUGUUAUACAAUCAGAACACUUUUCUUUCUCCAGGAGCAUUUUUUUCCCCCCGGGAAAGGAGAGAGAGAGAGAGAGAGAGAGAGAGAGAGAGAUAGAGGCUUGUUUGACACAGCAGCAGGCCCCAGUGAAACAAGUACAGGGGCUGGCAGGCAGACACUUUAAUUACAGGAAUCAUGAGGAUAAUGUACUUUACUGUUUGACCAAAUCAUGGUCUUAGCCUCCUUGAAAAUAGGAUGUUUUGAGUGAGGUUAAUGAAUGUGCAGCACCGAGGCGACCAAUACAUUUUUUUACUCGCACAGCCAAGUCACUUAUAGACAUACUCUCUAACUUACGUUUUACUUAAAUUAAAAAGUCCCCCAUGUUCCCAAUCAACAGUAGCCUAGGCCAAGGCUCCUCUCUCGCUUUCUAUCCUCUCCUAAGCAGCAGGGCAGCCCCGGACAAUUUGACCAACUACAAUUUUAUUUAUCGGCUUUUCAUUUAUUUUAUCGGCCAAAAUCCGGCAAUUACUGGCUAAUAGAAACACUGGUGUGUGGGUGGAUGGGUCAAUGGGUUUCAAGUCAAGUUGUCAUCUCUGCAUGCUGUAUUAUAAGACAUAAUGCUUUGUGAUUGACGAGUCAUCUGUUAACAGGUAUGAGCAAGCCAAAAAACGGAGGAAGAGGUCUGUGAGGAUUUGCCAGAAGACUGCCCACCAGAAAGGCCAUAUGGUGAGGACACAUGAGAGCACUGUGCCGCUCUCUUUCUGCAGUAAGGCUGUGGUGUGUGUGUGUGGGUGGGUGGGUAAUGUGUAUGGGAAAUUCCACAAUAACCGAGUGAUGCUGAGACUCAGACUUUUCACUUAAAAUGUAGUGGAAAUUGUUAAAAGUAGUCCUUGUGCAUAGAGUUGUAUUGUUUGUUUGACUUUGCAAUUAUUGGUUUUUGUUUGACAUACAUUAUUAAGUGAAAAUCUGAGUCUCAGCAUCUCUCUGUCACCGUGGAAUUGCCGUAUACAUUAAUAGUGAAUUGACUGUGUCUAUCUCUGCAGUAUGGCUUCAGUCUGUGUGUGCGUGUGUGCGUGUGUGCAUGUGUGAGUGGGUUGUGUAAUGUGUAUGUUUUAACAAUGAAUUGACUGUGUGUGUCUCUUUUUCUGUGCAGUAUGGCUUCACUCUGCUGCCUCGGCGAGCCCUCCACCCAGAGCAGCUGACUCUGGGUAAAGACACAGCAGACUGUAGCCUUCAACGAGUCCUCCACUACCUCCAGAACAACCUG